AUGGGUCUGUUCUGCUGCGAGUGCGCCAAGGCGCUCAACAGCCGGCUGCAGGCCGUCGUCGGCGAGUGCCCCGUGGUGCAUCUGACUGUGACUGUGCUGGGGAUGCUUUUUCUUCUCCGGAAGACUCUCUGCCUCACUUACCGCCUCGUCAAGACGCUGUGCUCGCGGAAAUUCGACUUGCGUAGGUGCGGCGAGUACGCAGUCGUGACAGGCGCCACGGACGGCAUCGGGAAGGCGUUGGCCGUCGCCCUGGCGAAGAAGGGCUUCAAAAUCUUUCUCAUCUCGCGAAACCCGGAGCGUCUCGCACAGACAGAGCUCGAGCUGCACGCAGCGGUGCCGAGUUUGAAGGGCGUCAAGAGCCUGGCCGUCGACUUCUCGCAGGGCACCACGGAGAGUCUCUUUGCGCAGCUCGACGCGGCCCUGAAGGGUCUCGACAUCGGCGUCCUCGUCAACAAUGUCGGCGUGUCCUAUCCGCAUGCGAUGUUCUACAACGAGCUCGAUCUGCAGACCCUCGAUCAGCUUAUCAGCGUGAACGUGCGCUCAACGCUGGUGACGACGCGCGUGGUGUACCCAGGCAUGGCGGAGCGACGUCGCGGCGCCAUCAUCUGCGUGGGCAGCGGAGCUUCUGAAAUCGCCAGCGACCCUCUCUACUGCGCGUACUCCGCCACGAAGGCUGCCGCCGAGUCCUUCUGUCGCUCGCUCCAGCCCGAGUGCGCAAGCAAGAACAUCCUCGUCCAGUGCCACGUGCCUCUCCUGGUCACGACAAAGCUGUCAAAAAUGAGGCAGGCGAGCAUGACGACUCCCAGCACUGAGACGUACGCGAAGCACGCUGUGGCGGUGAUUGAGAACGGCAGGUUCGACGGGCCGACUACGAUCUCGCCGUACUGGGUGCACCGCUCCAUCAUCUGCCUGUCGAACGCCAUCCCGUCCAAGCUCUGGGAAGCGUUCUACCUUCCUCGGUGUCUCUCGAUUCGCAGGCGCGCGCUGAAGAAGAAGGAACAGCAGGUACGUAGAAAAAGCAGAGAGGAGACUCGGGAGGUGCGCUCCACGCCCCAGCAACGCCCCACCGGAGUAUGCGGGGGAUGGGCUUCGAAGCUGGGAGAUCUGCACGAACUCGCCCGAAGACGGGUGGAGCCAGAGGAACCGCCCCCACUCGCGCAUGCAAAAUCGUGCACAUGUGCUGGCUGCUGUCCCGCAGGCCGAGGCCAAGAAGGAACUGUGAAAAGUGUGUGCGAGAAGAAGUUUCUGGGAAAGAUCCACAGUUUUCGCCGACAUCCGGCGAUGAUGUGA